GGACAUUCGGAAGUUCAACAUGCUUGGAGUUAGCUGUAGAGGUUAUAAGGUAACCGGUCUCGAUAAGCACGCAUAUCCGUCACUUAUCAGUGCUGGGAAUGAUCUCAAUAAGAUUGUCAGAACCGAGUAUGCUGACCCUCUUUAUGCACAUCUAGCAUCUGAGGCGAUCGAGGCGUGGAAAAGCGACAAUGUAUUCAAUUCACACUUUCAUCAAACUGGCUGGCUGGUUUGUACAAGUGACAAGCGGUCACUUACAGCUCAAAACCUUAUCUACAAGCCUUAUGAAGUCCUCAAACAGACAGAUCUCAAAGAUAAGAUUAAAUUAAUCGAUACCCCGGAAGAGAUCCUCAAAUACACCCCUCAAUUACAACAAGCUUACGAUAAUGGGACCAUCAAAGAUUGGAUUGGUAUGUGGAAUUCAAAUAACGGUUGGUGCAUGGCACAUGAUGCCGUAAGAUCGGCAUGUGAUGAAGCACAAUUGCUUGGUGUUGAGUUCAUAUCGGGAGAGAAUGGAACGGUAAUUGACAUCUACAAAGAUGGACAGGGUGCCGUCGUCAAAUGUAAGGAUGGAUCUGUGCACCACGCUGACUAUGCCAUCUUAUGUGCUGGUGCUUGGGCAGAUACUUUAAUUGACCUCGAAGGCCGCUGUACAGCUCGUUGUUGGACAGUAGGGCAUAUACAGCUCACCCCAGAUGAAGCCAAGCUAUUCAGAAAUAUGCCGAUUGUUGAUCACUCAGACCUUGGUUUCUUUUUUGAGCCCUCUAUUGAUGGCAAAAUCAAGUUUGCGAAUGCAUUUCCAGGCUACACCAAUUACCAGCACCUUCCAAGUACAGAUAGAUACACUAGUAUACCAUCAGAUGUCAAAUUUAAAGUGACAAACGAAGCUUUUGAAGCGUUAACGAAGUUUAAAGAUGCUAUUCUCCCUCAGUUUGCUAGUAAAGAACUCAUUGACACAAUGGUUUGCUGGUGUCUCGAUUCAGACGAUGGUAAUUGGAUUAUUGACUUCUAUAAAAACAAUGAAAAACUCCUUGUCGCUAGUGGAGAUUCCGGAAUGGCAUUCAAGUUCCUGCCAACGAUUGGUAAAUAUAUUUCAGAUGCUCUAGAGAAGAAACUGUCUCCUGAAAAGUAUGAUGCUUGGAGAUGGCGUCAAAUGAAGAAAGAAAGGGAUAAUACACGUCCAGGCGGUGACUCUAAAGAUCUGCAGGAUUUUCCUGAAUGGUCUCUUGAGGUUAAAUGAAAUGUAAAUUUAUAGUUCUUCAUAUACAUUACAUUGACUCAUUUCAUAUUGUGUGAGAAUAAGCGAAGAAUAUUGUACAUUUAUGAAUACAACUAAUUAUUGCGAUAAAUGCACACCAGUUUACUUCACAAUAACCUUGUCUUUCUCUCUCGCAUCGUCAGUAUUCUCGUUAUGUGCUACUACUUCAUCUUGAGACAUUGCAAUUGUCUGACCUUCCUUAGGAACGGAUCUGAGCGCAAAUACCAUUGGAAAAACGCUAACUAGAAGUAAGCCAAAAUUAGCACCAAACCCGGCCCAAAGUGGCACGUUAUCUGCAGACAUCAACCCAUAGCUGACUGCUUGUCCUAUGGAAUGAUUAGAUCACCAUGGUAGACAAAAAGCUUUCGCACACCUGCUGCUUCUAUUGCCCUAAAGACACCUCCCAUACGAGUGUUUGAUUGUACAUCACUACCGAAUGAUGAAAUCAACCAAUAACAAAAUGAUUGCUGCAUUGGUCCAGCAGAUUGUAUAAAAACGAACGAGGAUAGUCGCUAGACGACCAGUCGAUACUCACAUUUGGUGUUCUCGUAAGAUCUGACAGAACUACGAGCGUCCAAAUGUAUGUGCCAAUGCAACAUGAGCAGACAACUAUGAAACCAAGGUAUGCUCUGUAACGUUGAUUCAACGAUUGCAUAUCCAACAAGAAACCUAAUCCAAAACAAGCAAUAAUGCAAAGUGUGGGACUAAUCAGUGAUGAGAGUGCCCUUGCUCUAACGGAAAAAAACUCUGUGAGAUAUGUUCCAUAUGGCUAAGAGAGUUAGAUAGAAGCUGAUGAAAACUUUCAGCUUACUGAAAUAUAGAAAAAAGAAUAAAAGGAAAACAUCGCAAUUAAACCAAUUAUUGGUGUUAAUACAGUACCAUUUAGUAGCAUGUUUAGCUCUUGCUUUAGUGGAAGCUUGUCACCAGCUCUAAUCACGGUACCAUCUUUACGUUGAACUUGUUCUGGAUGUUUAAUCAGCAAAGCGGCUGGUAGCCCAAGACAUUCUAUAGCUAUAAAUACGAAGUAAAUGUUUGGAUUAACACUUCCACUACUGCUUGUUUGCGAAUUAAGUGCAAGAUUAAUUGCACCACCAACAAGCUGACCUAAGUUCCUGCCAACAAUCCAGAUAGCCAGCAUUGCACCACGUUUGUUUGUUUCUGGUAAACUCAGAACGAGACCAGCUUCAGCAAUGUAAAAGCAACCACUGCCGAUACCAGCUAUAGCCUCAGCGACGACAAGAAACGGUCCAGCUUUGGCCCAUCGAGAUACUACGUAAAGGGCUAUACCUUCUAAUGGAAAUGUUAUACUACCUAUAACAAGUGUAGUUUUCAAACCUAGUUUGCUGACAAUCGGUCUCCUUACAUAAACGUCACCGGCGAUUUCAAAAUUGAAUUUGCAUGAAAGGCCUAAAAUCAACAUAGUGCAUGACGAUGAAAACUAAAAUGAUAUUCCAGCUAAAAAAUGAAAUUGAUAAUAACAUCACGGUAAUAGUACCAGAUGAAGAGAAAGGCUUGACAAUACGCACAUCAGAUCCGAAGAUGCAUCCGAAGAAGAAUUCAAGGAGCUGCACUAGCUGCAUAAGUAAGCAAAAAAAUUACCAGCAGGUGGACUCAGACGGCGGCAUAAAAGAGACAUAUAUCAAUUAUUGGAGAGUUGUCAAUUGUUCAUUAGAUCAAGGUAUUAUCAGUUUGUCUGUUCUAACACCAGGCCACAAUUCUCUACUCGACUUUAGUGGUAUACCAAUAGAGCUUUCUACUGAAGAGGUAGAUAAAGUAGUGCAAUAUAUUCGGUUCAAAUCUAAGUUACGUACCUGUCGUCGAUUGAAGGCGCUGGUGAAUCCUGUAGGUGGGACUGGAAAAGCUGUUAUUUAUUGGAACGAAACUGUUUUACCGAUAUUACGGUCUUCAGGGUGCUACAUUGAUAUGCAAAGUGGGUAUAUCGUCUUAUCUUUCACCAAGACAGAUUGUGAACAAACUGUUUAGUUCUAGAGUACAAGGGACAUGCUUUUGAAAUAGCGAAGAAGUUAUUAUUAAAUUAUGACGCAGUCGUGUGCGUAAGUGGCGAUGGGAUAAUGCAUGAAGUACUCAAUGGGUUUAUGUAUCAUGAAACCCCAUCUGACGCUUUGAAGACGCCAUUAUGCCCCAUACCAGCCGGAUCCGGUAACGGUAUCAGUGUUUGCGUUUUAGGUGAAAAAGAUGGUUUUGAUCUCAGUAUGGCAGCGCUAAAUGCAGCCAAAGGCCAAACUAUACCGCUUGAUUUAUUCUCCAUCUGGCAAGAACGAAAACGUACCAUUUCCUACCUUACUCAAGCCGGUGGUUUGAUGGCAAGUUUAGAUGUUGGCACAGAAAACUUGCGUUGGAUGGGAGAUACGCGUUUCACAGUAGGAUACCUACGGUCGCUAAUCAAGAACGCGCCAUGCAAUUGCGAAGUAUACGUUAAUGUUGAAGAGGACAAUAAACACGAGAUGAUCAAAUGCUUGCGCGAACGGAAACUAGAUGACCCUAUUUCCGUUCCGGAGACAGAUACAUUUCCACCAGUAAAAUACAAAAAUGGACCUGAGGAUGACUGGGUCAAGAUUUCUGAUGAUAUAUGUUAUAUAUAUGCUGGACAGGUGCCGUGGGUGAGCAGAACUUUCAAACAAUUCCCUGUCGCUUUACCGGAUGACGGUUAUAUAGACGUAGCUGUACAGCUCAAUGUCUCACGUAGGCACAAAUUGCUGGCUAUGGAAGGAGCUGAAAACGGUGCAAUGUUUUUUGAUGACUCGCUCAAAUAUUAUAAAGCAAAAGCAUAUCAUGUUAACCCUAUCAAUAAGAACCAAUACCUAGCAGUAGAUGGGGAACAACUGCCGCCUUCGCCGUUUACUGUUGAAGUUCUUCCAUCUAUGGGACGCCUGAUCUCGCCAUUCAGUUCUUGGAACAACCAAUUCUAAAUGUAUGGAUACUCGUCGAUAGGCUCAGAGAAUGCCAUAGUUUGUAAUUGCUGUAAUCAAUACCACAAUGUUUCCGGUCACACCAUUGACUUAAUGUGUUGCAUAAUAUAGUCUAUGCAUAUUUUGGUACCUAAUUGCGAGCUCAGAAUGACUAUAUAGGAUGGAGGUCUUUCUAUUACAUUCACAAUCAUAGCAAACGAGACCGAAAUAAAUGGAAAUUCAUGAAAAAGGCAACUCAUCUUAAGCAGCCAUAGACCUGGGGGAUUCCUUAUUCAGUACAGACACAGAUUUGUUGUGCGUUACAGUAUGCACCGCUAGUAAUGCCAUUUUGGAGCUACAAUCAUGGUUAGAUGGUUUGAGGUUCUCACAAUUGCUGGACGUACCUUGCAGCUGGCCAAACAAGCCUCGACACCUCCAACUUGGCAAGAGUCAGCCAUAGCUGGUGCGAUAAUAGCGACGACAGUCAAUAAAGCGGCAGUGAACUUGAAUUGCAUCUAUUGUGAUUAGGUUAGAAAUGGAUAAGCUAAGAUUUGGAAGAAGCUAUUCACUUUUUUUAUGAGGAAGACUUGUUGAUUGAUGAAGAAAAGGAAGAGCCAUGUGCUCCCUUUUAUACUUCGUCGGAAGACCGUUCACACCCUGAAGUCACCUGUUCUUUGACAGCGUCUGUGCGACGAUGCAUGACUGUGUCACCUCAGAUCUAAAACAAUCCUAUCGGAAAAACACCAGUGGGGGUAAUAGCUUGAGGUGAUUACUACUCUGCGAAGUCCAAGGCAUGCAUUUGUCCCUUAAUUGUGGUGAAGGAAAAUUUUAGUCAUGUUUGAGAGUUACAAUAAAGUUUAUAUAAAG